CUAUAAUUUAAUUCCUUAAACAUAUUAGUAUAGUUUAUUGUAGGUUUUUGAUAUGUGUGUUUUCAUGUAAAUGUUUAAUGUCUACUCUCUUUCGAACACACAUUUAGCAGUCAGUUGUGUUUAUAACAGACAUCAGCAGAACGUGGCUUCUCUUGAACAUACGUCAGCACACACAGCAGAUAUUUAGGUUGGAACAGGCAAGACCAAAACAGAUCUAAAACAACAAGCGCACGACCCUGUCCAAGAUGAUACUACUUUUAGUUGCUCUUUUCCUUGGGAACAUUCCUUCAUUUGCUUUCUCUGCAUCAUCGCAGCCAAAUAUUAAUUGUCUUAUCAUAAAUCUGGACUAUGUUAACUGCACAUGGACUGAGCAUGAGCACAAUUACAGUUUCAGGAGCAGGUUUACUCCUAGAGAAACUCUGGAUUGUCCAGAAUAUCUCAGGAUUGAUGGUGUUAACGUGGGCUGUGUAUUCCCCUACAAAACACCACAGCGGUUUAAUACAUUAGAAACACGGCUGUACAGUGACGAUGGAGGUUUGGUGACAGAGCAGGAGCAUAAUCUCAAAUCAUAUGUGAAGCUUUCCCCUCCAAUCAACCUGUCUGUGGUGGAGAAAAAAGACACUGAACUGUGGCUAUACUGGGAUUUUACAAAGAACAGCGGCUGCUUUGAGAGUGAAGUUCGUUACAGGACAGACAACAAUGUGUGGAAGAACACCGCUCCAGGCCCCAGGACCUCCUUCAGUUUGCCUUUUCCCUCCAAAAAACACUAUGAGUUCAAGGUCAGGGCUCGUAUACAGUCCUCCUGUGGAGAGUCCAAGUUUUGGAGUGACUGGAGUGAGCCUGUCUACUGGGGAUCUUAAAAGACCUACGACACCUCAGAAAACAUCUUAAGGAAUAACAGCACUUUAGACACGCUGCAGUAAAUCCCAUCAGACUGCACAACAGUGCCUACUGUGGCUUCAACACCUGUCUUCUGCACAAAAUAAUAAUAAUAAUAAUAAUAAUUCUUCUCAUAUUAGCCUUUUGUUUAACUGGAGGAAACAAAUUCCAUAUUUGCAUUUGUAUCUGUGAAAUGUAAUAACACAGUUUACAUAACCCCUAUCACAACUUAUUUCUGUAUUUGAGUCUUUAUUAAACUCUUGUUUAAAUUCA